AUGGCGAAGAUGUAUUUGUUACUAGCAGUUGCUGUGAUUAUUGCAGCGAAUUAUUGCAGUGCAGUAGAAGUGUAUGGCGGAGACACGCUUCUAGUGGGUUCUUCCCUCUCAGGAAAUCAGACCCUAAUUUCGAGAAAUGGAACGUUUGCAUUUGGAUUUUUCAAUCCGAGCGGAACGAAUAAUUGGUAUAUUGGCAUCUGGUAUGCUCCAACCUCUCAGAAGGCCAUAGUCUGGGUGGCUAACAGAGACGAUCCUGUCACAAACAUGCCUGGUGUUCUCAAAUUUUCGAGAGGCGGUCAUCUCACAUUGUUGGAUAGAAAGGGCCGUUCCGUUUGGUCGAGUGAUAAUGGCCAGAAAGGAUCGCGGGCUGUAAUAACGGACUCUGGUAAUUUCAUUGUGCUGGAAGCCCACAACGAGUCUGCGAUUGUUUGGGAGAGUUUCGCGCAUCCGACAGAUACAUUGUUGCCUGACGCGAAGCUGUGGAAAGGAAUGACACUAACUUCCUGGAAGAGUUCUUCAGAUCCUGCAAGUGGGCUCUACUCUUUCCGAAUGAACACGUCUCCAGGAAAGACGGAGUUGAUGAUGUUGUUUAACAAUACCGUUCCAUAUUGGUCCAGUGGAGAAUGUAUUGGACACAAUUAUUUUACUAAGCUUCCAGAAUUGGAAGGUCAGAAGAAAGUUCAAACUUCGUGUGUGCGGCUUUCUCCUUCAAGAAUAUAUGUUUAUUUUGGCCUAAAUCCCAUAGAUCAUAUGAUCACGGGGCGGUUCCUAUUAAGUGAUAAUGGCGAAGUUGAACUUUACUUCUGGAUGGAUUAUGGUAGGUGGAGUCUGAGGUGGUCAACAUACCGAGGUCAAUGCAGUGACUAUGAUAUCUGCGGGGCAUAUGGACUGUGCAAUGCUAAUGAUGUGUGUAGUUGUGUCCAGGGCUUCAUGCCCAAGCACGGCUCUCAAGGUUGGUGGUCAACUGGGUGUACUCGGCGGAAACCCCUGCAUUGCUCUGUCACGGAGGGCACAACCGAUGGCUUCUUGGAAGCCAAGAACCGAUCCUUGCCUGAAAAAGAAGCUGUCUUAAUCAACAACGAGCCAACACAGCAAGGCUGCCGGACAGGUUGUCUCCACAAUUGUUCCUGCACAGCCUUUGCUUUCGCUUAUUCCGAUCCACCCGUCUGCAGACUGUGGUUUGGAGAUUUAUUCGGAAUGAGCGUUUUGUCUCAGGGUCAAUCCGUCUUCGUUAGGCUGGCUGCUUCUGAGUUCCCGCCCUUGAUAUCAGAGCAAAGCAACAAAACCCCUGCACUUACAAUUUUACUUUCUGCCGGCGCAUUAUUUUUUGUUGUUUCAGCUCUCCUGUCGGCCUCAUUUAUUCUCUGGAAACGUCGAGGACUGUCGAAGAAAAAUCUUGAAGAGGAGGUGCCACUGUCGCUCAGAAUGUUCAGUUACAAGGAGCUGCGAAUUGCAACGGACAAUUUCAAGCAUAAGCUGGGUAGCGGAGCAUUCGGCUCUGUUUUCAAAGGAACUCUGCCAGACAACAGGCCUGUUGCGGUUAAGAGAUUAGAGGGUUCCACGCAAGCAGAAAAACAAUUCCGUGCUGAAAUAAUCACCACCGGUAGAAUACAGCAUCUGAAUUUGGUUAGGCUCUGGGGAUUCUGCGUAGAAGGCUCUCGAAGGCUACUGGUGUAUGCGUACAUGCCCAAUGGUUCUCUAAACUCCUUCCUCUUCUCUCAGUCGGAAGAAGCAGAGAAGGUUUUGGAUUGGAAGACCAGGUUUGAGAUCGCACUGGGGACUGCUCGAGGAUUAGUUUAUCUCCAUGAGGAAUGCAGGGAUCGCAUCAUUCAUUGUGAUAUCAAGCCUGAAAACAUUCUCCUCGACAGCGACUUCAGCCCAAAGGUGGCAGAUUUUGGGCUAGCGAAGUUGGUAGGUAGAGAUUUCAGCCGCGUACUGACGACCACAAGAGGAACUCGUGGGUACUUGGCUCCCGAGUGGAUCUCCGGCCUUCCUAUCACUUCCAAGGUGGACGUAUAUAGCUUUGGCAUGACCUUGUUGGAAAUUAUAUCUGGCCGAAGAAAUUUGGACUUGAAGGUAGACGAAAGUAGGUUGUACUUUCCUACCUGGGCUUCAUCUCAAAUUCAGAGGGGAAACAUAAGAGACAUUGUGGAUGCAAGGAUAGCAAGCGAGGCAAAUAUCGAAGAAGUUAGAAGAGCCACUGUGGUGGCUGGGCUGUGCAUUCAAGAUGAUGAGAAUCAGAGGCCGAGCAUGGGUGAAGUGGUGAAGAUAUUGGAAGGCACGAUUGAGGUUCCUGUGCCACAAAUUCCGAGGUCUCUACAGGUCCUGGUUGGUCAGGUAGACGACGACUACACCGAUAGCUAUGGUGAACAUCCUUCCAUAUCAGGUGAUUCCGUACCAGCAAAAUAGUAGCCUUUUUUAUAG